UGCGUCCCUGCUGCCGAACGUCGAGAGAAGGUGGUGGCUUCCAGAAGGUGAGAUCGCCGCCUGCAGAAACCCUCGGGACGAACCAAGAAAACCCCGCAAACGGGCAAAGAAGACAGCGUUGCGCCCAUUGAGAAUAAAUACUCAACCAGCGGACAUCAUUCUUGUCAGUUUUACAACGAACGCGCCCCAAGACCGAGAGUUGCAGGUCUCGCGACCCGCACACACCUAUACACGCACACCCAAUUUUCGAUCUUCAAUAGCCUGCGUUCGUGAUCGAUCCAACAUCCGCAUCAUCACACGCUGCUCAGCCUCAUAUCAGACCACUCUGUCACAUAUCGUGCGUUGUACAUAUAUACCCUGCCUUUUUGUUGUUGUUGUUGUUGUUCAUGUGCCUAUAUGUGUAGAUAUUUGUGUGUGCGUCUCUUAAUAUGUGUGUGUGUUUUUGGAUCGUCCGAAGUAGACAAGAUAAAUUGGAGCAGUGACAACAAAAUGCAAUGCAUCUUCUCCGUCGCCCAACCGCCCAACGCCCGUUUGCGCUAGUGCUCUGAGCGCAUGAAGUUAACAGAUCACCUACCUGCCGAUCUGCAACAUUCACUCACUCACUCACCUACCAACCGAACCAGGAUGCGGAACUAAUUUAAAGGUGUUUCGUGUGUGUUUUGUUUCUUGUUGGUCUGGAGUCCACAGCAUCCUGCCCUUAACCCCUCUAAAGCGACAUCAUUUCGUGUGCGAAUAGGGACUAUCGGUCUCGGUGGAAGGUUUGGUGGUUGUGCAGCAACUCAAACUGCAGCGUGAAACCUGUGCGGAUUCCGAAGUUCGUGCGGACACCAGAAAUCCCGGGAGAUACGGAAAUCACACCUUGGCGAACGCGCAAAAAAAAAGAAGUUCCGUAUAAGGGGACCGACAAGAGAUCGUCUGCCCCCAGGUGUAUAAGUGUGUGUGUGCGCGUGUAUGUGUGUCCGAUUUUGGUGGGCUUUAUUCGGAUUUGUUGAUCUUUUUUAUUGCCUUCUGCUGGCUGGCUUUUCCGUGCCCUGAUCACCUUCUUUUACGGGUACCCCGGAACCCACGUCCGGGCGACGUCCAGCUUCUUCGGCAGUGGUGAUUUUACGGACCCAACUGGGCAAUAAAAUCAACAUAAACGAAACGAGAGAAGUUAACAACCGGAGGUUUUUGCAAAAACUCCAAUUCACCGAAGGCUCCCACUGCAUACCUGAAACGGGGCCUCGCAACUCCUGCAGCAGCAGCAACAGCAGCAGCAGCAAAAGGAUGCAUUACUGCUCUGUAUCUGUAUAAUCCCUUGUAUACGAUGAAGGUGCCAAACGACGAGUAAGAUAGAGAACUAUGCUGAUAAGGUAAGAGCUAAUGAACGAUCAAAGAAGAUAAACUGAUCGAUCUGUUGUGGCACCUUAUACCGAACGAGACAAAAAUUGCGACUCAGCGGGAAAGAGAGCAUCACAAACUUGUGGCUGUGUUAAUAAAGUAAAAAGAAAAGCAUGACUGAAACGACCACCGGACAGCUGCAGGCACUGGUGUUGGUGGUAACGCUCGCCUGCACACUACUGCCGCCGGUAGUGCAGUCGCGCCAGGAGUACUAUUACACCUACCAGGACCCGUACGACGACGACCUGUCGCUCUGGAUCAAUGAGCAGCAGGUAAAGAUCUUUAGUGGCGUCGCGAUGAAGAUCUACGCCAUCGACAACGGGCGCGUAUCGCCCCACAUCCGGGAUCCGAACUUUAGCCAGUACCUGCCGGUGAUACCGUCCGAGGUGAGCAGCGUCAACUUCACGUGGAAGGCGGGCUCGAAGAAGUACUACUACAACUUCGACCGGCUCAUGUCGGUGGACGAAAACAUCCUAAAGCCACCGACGAUCUCGAUCAAAACGUCCGGCCGCGUACCGAAGAACGCCAAGGAGUUCAGUGUGAUCCUGCCAUGCUCCGGUAAUGUAUCGGGCAUUGCAAUGUUCAGCAUUGGACUCCUGAUCCAAACGCGGAAAGGCAAACCGGUCCCCGGGACGCCUCUCCGCAUCAAACUGCGUAAGGAAUGUGCACAUAGAGGUGUGUAUGAAAGAUCUUCUACUCUAACAUCUUCUUCGCAAGGACCCGACCCGGAAUGUGACAAGAAGUGUGCCAACAAGGGUGUCUGCAACGAGGACAAGAUCUGCCAGUGUCCGGAGGGUUAUAUGGGACAGUACUGUCAGACGGCACUCUGCUAUCCGCAGUGCAUGAACGGUGGGAACUGUACCGCACCGGGCACCUGUUCCUGUCCGCACGGUUACCAGGGACGCCAUUGCGAGGGAGGAAUCUGUGCGAACAAGUGCCUGAAUGGUGGCAAAUGCAUCCAGAAGGAUAAGUGCGAAUGUACCAAGGGAUACUAUGGACUGCGCUGCGAGUACUCGAAAUGUGUUAUACCGUGCCUGCACGAUGGCAAGUGUCGAGGCGUGAACAAGUGUCGCUGCAAGCCGGGACUGAGCGGUGAUCACUGUCAGAUCGGGCGUCGGCAACGGUCGACCUGCAAGAGACCGUGCAAACAUGGCGUCUGCCAACUGAACCAUACCUGCGCGUGCGACAGUGGAUGGUACGGGCGGCUAUGCAAUCAGCGCGAGAAGAAGCGCCGCAACACCAGCGGAGACGGUGGUGGGACAGCGAGACUUCCAAAUAAAUCGGCGUAACUACGGCAGCGAGCCCAGGCUAACCCUUUGGAUGUUACGAGGAACGGUUAAAAAGUAACAAUGCCAUGAGCCAACGAGCGAACGAGCGCUCGCUUGCCCGCCAUUAUCUUGCCAACCGUGCGAAUUAUUAAGCGUGAGUGUGUUAGGAGGUUAUAAAGUCGAUAAAGAGAAAGAAAACACCCGGUGAUAUAAUAAAGUAAUGUCUUUUCACAUGUCGUAUAUGUGUGCCGAGGAUCGAGCAUCUCGGUGAAGUAUUAA